CAAACUAUUGAGUUUGAGCCCUCAAUCAAACCUAAAACACUUCCUUUUCCCAACACCAAUUCCAGCCUUUUCUACUCUACAAAAGUUGCUUCCCCAAGUUCUAUUACAUGCUGCCUUUCAAAUGAUGAGAAGAAGCCCACCCUUGAUUCUGAUUGGCGUUCGUUUAGAGCUAAAUUAGUGGCAACCGAGAAAGUUUCAAGCCCUUCAUCAUGGAUUGAUCCUGAUACACUAGUGGACCAACCUCCUCAACCUGUUACAAUUGGUGACAAAUGGGCUCACACCAUCCUUGAGCCCGAAAAAGGUUGUCUACUUAUCGCUACCAAAAAACUAGACGGGGUCCACAUUUUUGAGCGGACGGUGAUCCUGCUCUUAAAAGCAGGGUCCAUAGGCCCAUUAGGGAUCAUACUAAAUCAAUCAUCGCUCAAAUCUAUCAAAGAAAUAAGAUCAACAACUAUCCGAGAUGUCUCGGAGGUGUUCUCUCAUGUGCCAUUGUUCUUCGGUGGGCCAUUGGAAGAUGGGUUUUUUUUGGUGAGUCCAACAAAGGAUGAUGAUGAUGGUGGUGUGGAGAAAAGUGGGGUUUUUGAAGAAGUAAUGAAAGGGUUGUACUAUGGGACUAAAGAAAGUGUAAGGUAUGCAGCUGAGAUGGUGAAGAGAAAUGUGGUGAAGGCAAGGGAUUUUAGGUUCUUUGAUGGGUAUUGUUUGUGGGACAAGGAACAAUUAGAUGAAGAAAUAAAGGCUGGUUUUUGGAUAGUUGUGGCUUGUAGCCCAAGUGUAAUUGGGCUUGAGAGUGUUGGAAAUGUUGGGCUUUGGGAAGAGAUUCUUGGGUUAAUAGGUCCUAGGAAUGUUUGGUAAAGUGGGAAACUUGGGUUUAUGAUUAGGGUCAAAUGCUAUGAUUAUGAUUUUAUUAUACAUGUUAGUUUUGUUUGGUCAAACAUUGAUUUUACUUGGCAUAGAUGCUACAAA